AUGAUUGAUGACAACCCAGAUUGGAAGGCUAUCUUGAAAAAGUGUAAGGAGCUUGGGGGAGAGGGCAAUGAAUACACACAUGGUCCGUCCGGAAUCGUCAUACCAAUGCUACAAAAUCGAGCAGAGAAGGUCGCAAAGCGACAAAAUGCGUCAGACUGCCUACCAUCACAACCAUCUGAUGGGGGAUCUUCUUCUACCAAGCAGGAAGUAGGAAGGGCACUACGCACAACUGAAACUCGAGGUAGCGACACUAGUAGGUCUAUACGAACAGAUGAGCGAGAUAAUAGGAAAGAAGGGGAGUCUUCGAGUAACGGACAAUCCCUUCCAGUGCCAAGAUCAUCUGCGAGAUCUUCUUCAGGUAGCAGACAAGAAGAAAAAAGACCAGUACGCGCAACUGAACUUCAAGAUCGUAAAACGAAUCAGCCACUGGCUCCUGCUAGUGGUUCAGGCAACGAUCAAGAAAAGCCUGCAGCCAAAACUGGAGCAAAAUCUACGCGAGAAGGAAGCCAAAGACACAGUCAAGAGAACCGAAUGCCUCAAAAAGCUAGCGUCAAACGUGAUAAUCCAAGUAAUAAGUACAGAGAGCGCAAAGCUCCCGCAAUUAAGGAACUUGAGGAAGGCGAGAUUGUUGAGAUUAAACGUACUGACACUGGAAGAUCCAAUAGUCCAGACAAACGACAUAAUAGAGAUAGUCGUCUAGAAAAGAAUGCCAAGGAGCGCCGAGAAAGGAGCUGA